GGAGUUUCCCAGCCGGGUAUUACAGAGUAGCUUUCCGCGUGCCUGUGGAACGCACAGAAAGUGCCGACUACAAUGUAGCCAGAAGUGAAGCACAGUUCGAAAAAAAAACAAAACGGCUUGUACAUAAACUGCACCUCUGUAUAUAUUUCACUAAGUUCCUUACUGGCUUGUUCAACUCCAUUGCACCUUUUGUUUUUAUUUCUUCGGCGCGCAAGAUUUUAGGAAGUGCUCUUUCGUCAGGAUAUUCAAGAAAAGGACUUAACUUCACGUACGCAGCGAGGAGUUUUUUUUUUCUUCUGUCCGGGCGUAAGGUCUGGUAGAAAACACAUUGCAAUACUGAACACAAUACGACACCCUGCGCCAUGGUGAUCAUGUCUGAAUGCAGCCCGGAGCCCGUACCUACCCAGCCUCACGGAAGGCCCUUACAGGUCGGCUUUUACGAGAUCAUUAAAACGCUGGGGAAAGGCAAUUUCGCCGUGGUCAAACUGGCCAGGCACAAAGUUACCAAAACACAGGUGGCCAUUAAAAUAAUAGACAAGACGAGGCUGAAUUCCUCAAACCUGGAGAAGAUUUACAGAGAAGUUCAGAUCAUGAAGCUGCUGAAUCACCCUCACAUCAUCAAGCUGUAUCAGGUCAUGGAAACGAAAGAUAUGCUGUAUAUUGUAACCGAAUAUGCGAAGAAUGGAGAAAUGUUCGAUUACCUAUCCUCCAACGGCCGGCUGAGUGAAGACGAGGCCCGCAAGAAGUUCUGGCAGAUCCUGAUGGCUGUGGAUUACUGCCACAGACAUCACAUUGUCCACAGAGACCUCAAGACCGAGAACCUCUUGCUGGACGCCAAUAUGAAUAUCAAAUUAGCAGACUUUGGCUUUGGGAACUUCUACAAUGCUGGGGAUCCCCUGUCCACAUGGUGUGGGAGCCCCCCUUAUGCUGCUCCCGAGGUCUUUGAAGGCAAAGAGUACGAGGGACCCCAGCUCGACAUCUGGAGCCUCGGUGUGGUCCUGUAUGUCCUGGUCUGCGGAUCUCUGCCGUUCGAUGGAGCCAGCCUGCCCGCGCUGAGACAGAGAGUGACGGAGGGCCGCUUUCGAAUCCCCUACUUCAUGUCACAAGACUGUGAAAACCUGAUCCGGAGGAUGCUGGUAGUGGACCCAGCCAAGCGCAUCAGCAUCGCCCAGAUCAAGCAGAGCCGCUGGAUGCUGGCUGACCCUACAGCACAGCAGCAGGCUCUGUCUGUGUCGAUCACAGACUACAACUCCAACCUGGGAGACUACAGUGAGCCAGUCCUGGGCAUCAUGCAGACCUUGGGCAUCGACAGGCAGAGGACCAUUGAGUCGCUGCAAAACAGCAGCUACAACCACUUCUCUGCCAUUUACUACCUGCUGCUGGAGAAGGUGCGGGAGCAUCGCAGCAGCCAGCUGAGCCGCCAGUGCAGCACCCGACCACCGAGACACAGAAGCGGCCCCGACUUCGCCCCCGCCGAGGCACCUCAAGAACCCUCCGACUGCCUCAGAACAGCCUGUCCUUUCCCAGCCGUGCAGAGCGCCCCCUAUCACUCCGACGCUGAUUGCGACUCUGCUGGCCUCUUCCAGAGGGUAGUGUUUCCACUUGAGGCCAGCUUGAACGGACUGUUGCAGAACCGCUCCAUCUCACCCAACAGCCUCCUGGAGAACACCAUUAGCGAGGAAGUGCGCCCCAGUGAUCUGGAGGAAGAGGAGGGGCUCCAGGUGGCUGCACCUCUUUGCCCCCCCAACAACACUUCCCGGCGACACACCCUAGCUGAGGUCUCCGCCCACUUCCACCAGUGCAGCCCUCCCUGUAUCGUGGUCUCAUCAGUAAACCCCUCAGAGGGAGCGUCUUCUGACAGCUGCCUGAAGUCCUCUAUCAGCACUGGGCCUGCCCUGGUCAAAGGAGGCUACACAAACUUCCUCGCCUCGGCCGGGGGCACAGGAGCCUACAUCCAGACUGGCACCCCCUUCACACAGUCCUCAACCCUGCUGCUGCAACCCCAGGGCUACCAGGCCACUGCCAGCCUCCCCGGCGCCAACUUCCAGGAAGGCCGCAGGGCAUCGGACACCUCCCUCACUCAAGGGCUCAAGGCGUUCCGGCAGCAGCUGCGGAAGAACACGCGCUCCAAAGGCCUGCUGGGGCUGAACAAGAUCAAGGGCCCGGCCAGGCAGGCGUGCCCCUGCCCCUGCCCCCGCGCAGGGCGCGGCGCUCUCGGCCCCUCGCUCGGCACGUCGAGCGACCGCCGGAGCCUGCUGGAGGAGGUGCUGCAUCAGCAGAGGAUGCUUCAAUUGCAGCACCAGCAGCAGCAGCAGCAGCCUAGCCUGUUUCUCAGCCAGCAGCCUGCUCCCCUCCCCUCCGGCCUGUUUCCCCCCGCCGCGCUGCUUUCCGAGUCGAACGCCCUCGACGCCACCCCCUUGCUCCUGCGGGGCUGUCACACCCCCGGCCCCCAGCGCCAACUCCUGAGCCAGCCGCCGGAGCGCCUGUCGCCCAUCUCCUCCGCGGCCCACCUCCUGGAGGCCCGCCUGCACAUCCACGGCGGCCCGACCUACCUCCCGCGCUUCUCCUUCCAGCUCCCGGACUGCGAAAUGGAGGAUCUCACCAGCAGCCAGAUGAGCAGCUGUGUGCUGGUGAAGUAGACCAGGCAGAGAGGAGAGGGAAGUGCAUCUUUUGUCCUGGCAUGGAUCUGAAAAACAGCUUCUCCAGCACCUCUGAACACAUACGCAGAUAGACAUGUGUAUUUAUAUGAAUAAGCAAUAAGUUAACACCUGUUGACAAAAACCCAGCCUUUCCUGGACAGCCUGAGAAGCAAGACUAAAGCAGGCUGAAGGUCGGGGAUCCAGUUACAUGUCACGGGAGUUUAAGACUGGUCUGACUUGAAAUCCUAAGGGCCAGUGCGAAGGAUAUCCAGCGAGGUGCAGGAGCUCUGAUAGGAGCAUAGAAGGAGUCUGUCUUCCUGAGAAGUUCUGAGUGUAGGAUUCAAGGUCUGCUGACAGACGUGGACCCUUAUUUUCCACUCGGGGCACACUGUGGGCGAACCGCCCACUUCUGACUAAGUUAAUGGUUGGCCCUUUGAGGAAACCGGGGCCCUAAAUCUCUUGCUAUUGUUGAUUUCACUUCUUUAGGAAAGACCAAAGUUUUUUUUUUUUGAAUUCUUGAACAUGAACAGUAUCAGCAGUUUCCAGUACUUCCUAUGAACAUUCUUAGAGAGCUGCACGUUUCUUUUUUUUCUAAGUCACAGUUAAGUCGGCCUUACAGAAAUAAAUCUUGCAUUGGAUUGGGUCUAGAGACAGUGACAGGUACUGCUAAAACUAGGGUAUAGUAUUUUAAUAACUGAGCACAGCAGAUACCCAAGUUUACUUGAUGGCACCAGCUUUGCAGUGUUUGGACACUGUGUACCGAUAAGCUAUAGAAUAACCAUUAACCUGGUGUAGUUUAUAAACUUAGUAAAUGCAUUAGCUAUAAUUUCAGUUUUCCUGCCUUCAGCCAUAUUGACCUGUAGGUCUAAGACAAACUUCUUGUCAUUGAGAUUGGAAUUUGAUAUUGUGUUAUUGAUGAUCUCUUGGCAUCUGCAAUACGUUUUCGCAGGUUUCAGAGUCAUGGGCCAGACAAGAAGGUCUGCAGUAUGGAAAACAGGGUUUACUCUUCUGUGGUACUUUGUAUGCUAUUUUUUUGUUUAAAGGUUUGGUUGCAAUUGUGACAAAACACCAUUGAACAUGUAACAAAUUGGUUCUAAUACAUACCGUUCAUGGGGUUUUCAUGGGGUGCUCGUUUCCGUUUGUUGAAUUAAUCUGCUGUCUUAUGACCUCAGAAGAUUGCAAGUUCACGUUCAUACUAAAUUGCUGUGGUGAUGUAAUGCUUGCUGAGAUCUCUCCAACAAUAUGUUAGUGCUGGAGAGAGAGACUGUCAGUGGUAUCUCACGAAUCAACCAAUCGAGAGCUUAUCUCCAGGCAGAGAGAUUCCUGAUCCCACAAUACCUUUAGAUACCGUAUCGCUACCUCUGUACUGCAGGUGACUCGGGCACGCUGCGCCCAUGCUUCCUGACACAUUCGGGUUUUUUCAGACGCAAAAUCCGGGUCAUCACGUUUGACUCUGGCAUCUGCAAUCUGCAGUGGAAACCAGUUCAUGAAUGCAACUUAGAGCAAACUUGAUCAUUACCUCAGUCUCGGCUUCAUUCCGCUCUGCAUGGCAUCUUUUCCAUCUUUUCCUGUCAGAGACCGCUGGGGUACUGUUUGGGAUUGUUGUCCCCAGACAGACGGGAAAAUUAUAGUAUUGUUAUGUAUCUGCUGGCCGCUCUGUAUUAAUUUUAAGUGUGACAUCUUUGAAGUUGAUCAGUUCCAAACCUCCCCCCCCCCUUGAGCAUGGAUAUUUUGAAGCGCUAUGUAUGGUACAGCCACAGAUCUGAUUUGGUCAAGGUGUUGCGCUGGUUUCAAAUGACCAAGCAAUUGAAUCUUCUAGAACAUUGUAAUGUCAUGCAGAAAGAACCACCCCAAUGCAACAUUUAUUUCACAUAUAAUUUUUACAUGAUACAUGAACAAAUUAGCCAUGUAUUCGGCACUUUUGCAGUGGGAUUGAAAACAAUUUCUGCCUUUUCUCUGUUCAAAAAUCCCCAGAUUUUAUUACCUCAGUUUAAGCUAAUGAUUUUUUUUCUGAUAAAGCUUCAAGUGUUUCCUUGCAGAGAUUUGUACAAACAGAACAAAGAUGUUUUUGGGGGUGUAUGUGUGCAAUAUUUUAUGGUGAGAUGUCGAUGCAGAGAUUAUAUAUAUAUAUAGAAUUGAUUUUUUUUAAUUUGUCACUCUAAAGAAUGUACUGGUUAGUUUCUUUUUCUGAAAAGAAACUGAAGCAAGGCAUUUCCAUGUUCGUUUCAUAACGUAUUGCUAGAGGAGAGCCCUGGUUUAAAACAAUGUGAUAGCCUAGAGAAGGCUACAAGUUAGCUCUACAUGCUCUAGGUUCAAGCUUAUUUUUUAUUUUGCCUUCAUGUCAUUGGAAGCUUGUUUUGUAGCAAAAGGCAGUAUUAGGACAAGCCAAAGUGACUCAUUUGAAGUGCAGAUUCUGUCUUUGCUAGACAAGUUACUAGGACUGAAAAGAACAUUGAAUAUCAGAGUGCUAUGUUUUGCUCUAGCUCAUACUUUGGGGUGACAAAAUGGGGUUUUCCUGUAAAAGGGCCAUGGCUGAUAUACUUUUGAACUGCAUGUUUUUAAAGUUGUUUUAGCUACAGGCUAACUGGAUUCUGAAGGUUGCAUUAGCUGAGAUGGUAAGAUGCAAGGAGAAAAUACUCUUUUUCCCGCUCAGUAAUAACCAUGAAUAAGAAACAACCCAUAUUGGCAAAGAUAAGAUUCACAGCCAUCUUUGCAGAACUGGUUAAAAGCUGCUCAAAGGCCAGCAUAGAAACAGCAUUUUAGACGGAUUUGAGCUGCACAGUGACUGGAUAGUGAUUUACAUUAAAUAAUGCAAAUUGUGAUCAUUUGUAGAGAGAAGAGUGAGUGUUGCCUUCACUUGAUGCUGUUUAACUUGAAGUGAAUUAUGACUUCCACAGAUUCAUAAUUAAAAUCACUCCUGAAGCAUGCUAACUCCUUAAGCAUUUAACAGUGCUGCACAUUGGAUAGAACAAUGUAAGGAUUUUUUAGGUGUAAAUAGUAGUGUUUUUUUUAUUUGAAGGUUUGCUCUGGUUUAUUAUAUGGCCUGUGGUUCUGCAUUUGUUAUACAGGACAUUUCAUUUUGUAGGGCUCACUAUUUGAGUCUCAGUUUCUGGAAUAUCUGGAGAGUGUGCAGAAUAUGCUGAUCUGAGGAAUAAGCGUGCCUCAGAAUAGCGUUCAGAAGCUUUUUACCACACUGCAAUGAUUACCUCUUGUUCAAACUGUCUUCCAUAAAUAGUACCAGUUUUGGUUGUUUUCAGGGUUAAAAGCUGAGCAUUUUCACACUUUCCAGAAACCACUUGACAAGUUACACCAAAUUGUGCUUCAAUGUAGUGUGUAAAUAAUUUACAGUUGUGUCUUGGCAAAUGACAUGAUGAAAUGACUUGAUAAGAAUGCAGAAUAGUUUUUAGUUAAAACUAUCCAAUGAAAUCCACUUGAUGAACAGUAUUAGAUUGAACAUUUCACAUGGUGGUGGUGUGGUCACCUCUAGAUCUUCUGCUUGUGCCUUCUGAACAAAUCAAAAUAAAAAACAAAUUCAGUCCCGCUCAUCAUUUGUCAGGCAUGCUGAGGGUCUCUAAGCACAUGUCAAUGGUUUUCUCCAGCCAUGGGCCAUAGAUUCCAAAGCCCCAUUUUUUAUCAUAGUUUUUUUCUGACUUGCAGUGUAUAAGAGAAUGCACUUUAUGACAUGCUGUCUUCUCAGCUCGGAGUUGUUUGUUUAGGAAUCAUUUUGCAGAAUUGUCUGAGUGUACAAGGAAUGAUGUAAUACCAUUUUUAAAGACACUAAGUGUUGAUUUUUUGUUUGAGACAUUUGGAACUUUCUUUUUAUUUGACAUUAAAGAAAUCUUUAUCUGAUAUGGAAGUGAAAGGUAUGUAGGUUGUAUUUAUGUUGCUAUUUAUUUGAAUAAAAUUCACUUCUUACUUUG